CCAUACCUUUUCCUCACUGGUUUAGGCUCUUUAAAAGCUGCCCCCAGUCCUGUCUGUCAGCCUCAUAAUCUCUUUGUGCUGCCCGAGGGAACAUAGGGAACUAUAUUUGAAACAUGCUAAAGUGGGAACAAAGUUAAAUAGCAAACGUUUAACAAUCCUGUGCUUAUAGAGAUCGAACCUGUUUAUUACUUUCAGUGUGAGAUGUUUGAGAUGUUUUUGAAUAUACACAUCCUCGUGCUUGUUCUCCUGAAAAUGGCUCUGUCAAGUCCACUGACCACAGCAUCAAGAGGAUGUGCCACCUGUAAUGGAAAGCCUUCGCAGGCUCAGCCGUCUGCAGAUUUAAAUGCCACAGCUCUGGCUCUUGGAGAGCGAUGUGGGAUCUACACUCUGAGCUGCGGCCAUGGUCUGCGCUGUGCACCUCAGGAGGACGACCCAAGGCCCCUCCGUGCCCUGGUGGAAGGCAGAGGAGUCUGCAGCAAUGCCACCGGCAUCAGCCCGACUAAACAGGUCCACACUCUAGACUCAGAACCUACUGAAGAUCCAGAUAUGGGUCCAUGUAGUAAACUGCUAUCUACAGUUAUGAAAGCUCUUGAUGCCCGUGUAAUUAAGCCACAUCAGGACAUCUACUUACCCAACUGCGACAAGAAUGGUUUCUUUUUGAGGCAACAGUGCUGGUCAUCUCGAGGUGUGCAGCGUAGAAGGUGUUGGUGUGUGGACAAGAACGGCAAGCAGGUCUCCACGAACACUAAGCAGAAGCGCAGCGUGAGUUGUUAAAAUGCACUGAAUGAAUUAAGAUGAAGGAAGUUACUCCAAACGGACAGACACUGAAGUAGCUGUGUCUCAUAUUUCAGUCUCCCACAGGUGAACCUUUGUCGCCUUGCGCCCUCUACUGAACCUAAUUAAACUGUAUUGCUUUGAUAUCCUUUCACAUCUGCUUUCAUCAGUUAUAUGUAUGUUAACAUGUGAAAAUAUCCAUAUAUAUAUGUAUAUAUUCUCUUGCUAUCUGUGCUGUCUGUGCUGCUAUGUAUGUAUGUAUGUAAGCUGUUUAUCUUGUAACAAGAAUUUAUUUCUCACGCUAUGAAGCCAAGAAUUUGUAUAUUUUAUAUGUAUUUAUAUAAUUACAGUAUUCUUUUUUUUAUACCUUGAAACCACUGCACCUGUAUUACUGCAACUGAAAUACAGUCACUGCAUGUAAUCCUAUUUAUGUUACUUUUUUACUUACAGAUAUAUUUAUGUUCAUGCUGACUGUCCAUACGAGACAAUGCUAGGUAUUUUAAGGUAUUUUAGAAACCUGAAAUGUUCAUGAAACACUUGGGGGCAUUAUGUUUAUUUUUCUCUCAACACUAAUACUGAUGGGCAGUGUUACGAAACUUGCACUGAGGAAGUGUUUUUUCUAUGGAUUGUAUUUGUUGUUAUAAUAAAAAAUAUAUUUAAAAAUGUAAAA